AUGAUUAAUCAAUUCACGAGCAACGAUCACCGACAUUGGGACGGCCACAUAGCAGCAAUAACGUUCGCGUACAACAUGGCCCGCCACGAAGCCAUAGGAUACUCCCCCGCAUACUUAAAUUACGGACGAGAGCCGAUACCACCAUCGAACAGUGCACUGCAACCCCCGACCGAGGAUCGUCCAUCUGCACCACCCGACCUUCGACCCCGAAUACAGCGUCUAAGCGAACUAGAAGACGACCAUCGAAUCGCGAGCUUCCGACAAGCACACGCUACCGAGCAACAAGCCCGCUACUUCAACCAAAAACAUCGGAAUUGGCAACCAAAAGUCGGAGACAGCGUGAUGCUUCGGGAACACCCGUUAUCCGACGCCUCGCGAAAUUUCGCUGCAAAACUGGCUCCAAAAUUCUCGGGACCUUACAAAGUCACGAAAUGGCUAAGCCCAAACAUCGUCGAAAUUCAAAACAAUAUCUUUGAAAUCAUGCCCGAACAUAAACAAUGGGAAUAA